GGUAAGGAAGCGUGGGAGAUCGUCGGCGCAGAUUUCAAGGCGGUUUAUACGUGGACAUGGCUUCAAUGGGAGACACGCAGCGAGGAGCCACCGGCUGGCUCUCAUUCAUUCGAGAAGCUUGCUGUCGUUUGCAGGCGAUGGUAGAUGUACUGCGAUCACAUUUGGGGGUUCAAUUUGUGGCUGAUGGGGGGGCAGCUUCAUCGAACCCGCCGUUUCAGGGUGGGAUGACGAAUAUGUUGCAGGUCAUCUGGGAGCUGGAGGAGGGGUCAGCUUUGGAAUGGGGAGGUCUCAUGGAUGAUCAACAGGAAGAGACUCUGAUGCGGCGCUGCUACGACAUCUUUGAGAAGGGGCAAGAUGUUUUUGCAGCGCUGGAGGAGGAGUGGUACCUGCACCUGGAGACGGGGGAUGAAGAUAAUAUUGACGCAUGUAUCAUCAGCACCGACGAGCUUGAAGGGGGCCAAGCUCGUGUGGAUGAUGCCCUCACUGCCGACAAACACAUCAACAACAAUAACAAUCUCGUGCCGGUCUGUGGUUCAAACAUGGAGUUCGCGAGCUCGGGCGCAUGUGACAACAACAACAUCGAUGACAAGAAUGACAGCAAUAACACCAUUGGCAACUACGAAGUAGGGUCUGUGGGCACCAGCAACACCACAAUCGUUGACUAUUCCGCCGGUGCGUGUGUGCAAAGUGCGUCUUCGUGCGUGCUGGACUACAACAACAAUAACAACAACAACGGCAACAACACAAACAACAACAACAAUAUCAGCGCCGUCGGUUUGGUGAGUGUGGUGGGGGUUUCUGUUUUCUCCCCUCCUCCCUUUUCUCCCCCACGGUCCUUUCUUCUUUGUGAUCGUGCUGACGAUUCGGGGGGAUGGCGAGAGGAUGGGUGUGGGAGACAGGCAUGGGUGGGAUGGGUGCGUGAGGGGGUGGGUUAGAGGUUCGUUUGAUAUUGGAUUUGCUUCCCCUCACCUGUAGGCUGCCACGUGGAAAAACCCGUUCUAGCCACGUGUUAACAAUGU